AUGAAAUUAAUUAACUUAUUUUCUCUCUAUGGGCUAUUAUUUGAUAUGAGAAUUUCACAAAAUUUUAUAAAUAGUUAAGAGAUUACUUCCACCAAAUUUAGAUCACAAAAAUUCGUUCAAGAUGAAAGCAAUAAAUCAUCAACUGAAUCUGAAAGUGAAGGAAUUUAAGAAAUAGAAUUAUUGUAAUUAAAUUGA